CGCCCGCCCGCGGCGUGCGUCUGGCUGAGCGGGGCGGGCGCGCCGGGACCACCCAGCGAUGCUGCCGCCGCCGGUGUAGCGAGCCCCCGAGCGCGCUGCGGUGAAAGAAAUGAACACGCCCACGAAUGCUAGAUGCCUGCGAGCUCCCUCGGCGGCACUGGAAAGGCAGAGUGGAGGCCUCCGAGUACCGGCUCCUUGCCCUUGGUCUUGGCGCUGCCCCUGCUGCUCACGGUCCACCAUGGAGACGCUGUCCCAGGAUUCUCUGCUGGAAUGUCAGAUCUGCUUCAACUACUACAGCCCCCGGCGGAGGCCCAAGCUGCCGGAUUGCAAACACACCUGCUGUUCGGUGUGCCUCCAGCAGAUGAGGACGAGCCAGAAGGACGUGAGGUGCCCCUGGUGCCGCGGCAUCACCAAGCUGCCCCCUGGCUUCUUGUCGCAGCUGCCCGAUGACCCCGAGGUCCUGGCGGUCAUCGCCAUUCCGCACACCUCCGAGCACACCCGGGUCUUCAUCAAACUUCCUAGCAAUGGGUGCUACAUGCUGCCCUUGCCCAUCUCCAAGGAGCGCACACUGCUGCCCGGAGACAUGGGCUGCCGCCUGCUCCCCGGGAGCCAGCAGAAGUCCGUCACGGUGGUGACCAUCCCUGCGGAACAGCAGCCGCUGCAAGGCGGGGCUCCGCAGGAGGCAGUGGCCGAGGAGCCGGACUGGCGGGGCGUGGUGAAAAGCUCCACCUGGUCGGGCGUGUGCACUGUCAUCCUGGUGGCCUGUGUCUUGGUCUUCCUCCUGGGCAUCGUGCUCCACAACAUGUCUUGCAUUUCUAAGCGCUUCACUGUGAUAUCCUGUGGCUGAGGCGGGGUGCAGGGAAGGCUCUUGUGGGUGUCAACUUAGGGGUUGAGUAGGUGUUGGUGACGGGAUCCCAGCGAGAAGAUGGGGGGCAACACUGACCAUUUGGUGCUGAGCGCUGGCCUCUGGGUUGCCACUUGAUUCACCUGAAGACAGAUGCCAAGGGAGGAAGGUUUUUGAGUCUUUUCAGAAGAACCCCAGGAUUAAGACCUCGUGGGCAUGAAGAAGUCAAGUAUCUGAAACGGUGGGCACCUCGAUCCUCCCAAUGAGACGUCCCGUACGCAACACCCCAAUACUCACCCCUCUGCUCUGUGUUUAAGUCCUGUAUUUUUUAAGGCACAAAUGGAGAGUAACAAAAGUUUGACUUUUCUCCUAGUUCUGGAGUAUUAUAAAAGCCACACUUGUUGUUAGCAAUGGCAAAACUGAUGGGCAUUUCAAAAGGCAGUCCACAAUUAUUUUUUUGAAAGAUGCUGUUCCUUGAGCAUUAGACCUUUUUGAAUUCCAGUUUCCUCUUGUUGGUGUAAGCAAGAAAAUCUUCUGUAUUUCAAAAUAUGUUUUUUAUUGAGAGAAAUGGCAAGGUAGACUUACAAUUCACAUUCCUAAUGUAAGUGUUCUUAAAUGUGUAAUGGUUUAUAGAUGUUCAUAAAGAAAGAACUGCUGGAUUAAAUAAUAAA